AGGGUUGUUCUAAUCACCCCUCCUCCUCUUUUUCUUCUUCAUCUUCUUAGUUCCAACCCUGCCAUUGUCUUCAAUUCUCCUUCUUUGCUUUUGAGGAGCUUUCUGGGCCCCCAGAAAUACUGGCUUUUUGCAGGAAUUCUGGUGGGUUUUGAUCGGAGGCUUUGUUGUCUCUGAUUUUACCAGAAGCUCUUUAAGGGUUUUAUUAGGAAUUUUGGAAACUAUUAAAAAAAAAAAAAAUAUGGGGGCUUGUUGCAGUACGAAGAAGGAAAAAAAGGAAGGACUUAUGGAUGAUGAAGAAGAAAGAGAAAAUUUUAAUCUUGAAGAGGAAAAUGAUACACUUGAAGGAGAUCAUGGGUCUCGUGUCAGGUUACGAGGUCCUUCUCAAUACACAUCCAUGUUCACUGAAAGAGGAAGAAAAGGGGUUAAUCAAGACACCAUGACCAUAUGGGAGGGAUUCGGUGGUGAGGAAGGUCAGGUCUUCUGUGGUGUGUUUGAUGGGCAUGGUCCUUCGGGUCAUAAGGUUGCACUCCAAAUACGGGAUAUUUUACCGGCGAAGCUAUCUUUGGAAUUGAAUCAAUCUAACCAAAAUGGUGGGGAUCAAGCAUCAAUUCCUUCACCUAAUAAUGAUAUUUAUAAUGCUGAAACUGAUUACAUUGUUGAUACCGUUAACAAAGAUGAUGCUUUCCAUCAUACCUUUUCUUUAUGGAAGGCCGGUUUUCUUAAGGCCUUCCAAGAUACCGAUAAAGAACUCAGCUUGGAUUCCAACAUUGAUUCCUUCUACAGUGGCACCACUGCUGUUACCAUCCUUAGACAGGGGGAACACUUGAUGAUAGCCAAUUUGGGGGAUUCUCGUGCGGUUCUUUGCUCAAGAGACAACAGAAACCAUCCCUUUCCUGUCCAACUUUCAGUGGACUUAAAACCAAGUAUUCCAAGUGAAGCUGAAAGGAUUAGGAGCCGAAAAGGAAGAGUUAUGGCCAUGGAAAAAGAACCAAACGUGAGUAGAGUGUGGAUGCCGGAGGAAAAUUGUCCAGGCCUAGCAAUGGCGAGGGCUUUCGGGGAUUUCUGCCUGAAAGACUAUGGACUCAUUUCUGUCCCACAAGUUUCUUAUAAGAAACUAACAAGCAGAGAUGAAUUUGUGGUCCUAGCAACUGAUGGGGUAUGGGAUGUGCUAUCAAACAGAGAAGUUGUAAAGAUUGUUGCCUCAGCCUCAGCUAAGAAACGUUCCAUUGCAGCAAAAGUGUUAGUGGAUCAUGCUAUUCAUGCCUGGAGAACCAAAUACCCUAAAUCCAGAAUUGAUGAUUGUGCAGUAAUUUGCCUAUUCCUGAAGCCUCAAUCUUCAACUUCUAAUUUCAGCCAAGAUGUUGUCAAGGAAGGCGUGACUCCACGGGCACUUACGCAAUCUCGAACAGUUAAAACAACAGAUCAAAGUUGCGGAUUCUCUGAAGUUUCUGAACCAGGAAUGUCACCUGCAUCCACAAAUUGGAGUGCUGUUGAAGGCUUCAGUAGCCUCAUUACUGCAGUAAAUCUUCCUAGAUCAGCUAGUGAUGCUAUGACUGGGAGGAAGAUCCUAUCUAUGGAAGAGGAGGCAGAGAAACCCAAAUAGAGUUAUUCUCUUUCAUCUUUUCAUCUUUUCAUCUUUCAUCUUUCAUCUUUCAUCUUUCAUCUUUCAUCUUUCAUCUUUCGCCGAAAUUAUGUAGGAAACCCACAUCAGGUUUUUGAGAUAUUGCCAUUCUUGUUCAUCUUUCUUCAAAGGGAAUAUUAUUCCAAUAGAGUAGUAUUUCACACAGCAAAAGGUGGUCUCCUCACCCUAUUUUUGCCAUGUGGUGACGUGAUGUGGUGUUUCCUUCCAUCUAUUGGAUAGAUUGAUAUUCAUUCCUUAUA